AUGGAGGAUAUUAACGCUGAUCUCAAUACUUUGAAGAGCAACAUACAGCAGCUAAAAGAAGAAAUCAAAGAAAAGUUACCACCUUCAGAAAAUUUGAAACCGGUUCCACCUCCCGUUGUACCUACAUUAGCGCCGCCUGGUGGUGAGACCUUAAAGCGCAGCAAAAAGAACAGGCCUGCUCCUCAGCCACCAAGACCUUCUGACUUGGAGAUCAGAGCACCAUCAGAAUUGCUGGUUGGAGUACCAGGGGCGCUGAAAACACAGUGGAAACAUCAACCGUUCGUGCUGGUUACAGGGGCUGUGACUUACGUAGCUAAUUACCUAGGAUCAACGGUGGUGAAGGAGCUAAGAGGCACGGAGUCUACGAAGAAAUCAAUCCAAAAACUGAAGAAGUCUACCAAAGAACCGAGGGAUUCUCCUGACAUCAUCCUCUCAAUCAGCUAUAGGGGUGUCAAGUUCCUCAACACUAUCACCCGGGAGUUGGUGUGUGAGCAUGAGAUUCGCAACAUCCACUGCGCAUGUCAGGACGCUGAUGACUUGACUCACUUUGCAUACAUCACCAAGGAUCACACCAGUCGGAGCCACUACUGCCACGUAUUCAGAGUUGCGACUAUGGAUCAAGCCACAGAAGUAAUUCUAACACUAGGCGAGGCAUUCGAAGUAGCUUACCAAAUGGCACUAAGGGAGCAAUCCAACAGGACCAGAGUGACCCAAUCUCUAGCCAAGACUCCGACUCACGACCCAAUGACCACAACCAACAAGGAGAAACCAAACGUCAACCACGGUAGAUCACAUUCCAUAACCGAGAUCAAGUUGAAUGGACAUCAGCUGAAGAUUGCUCCACUACCAGCUUCCUUAUCCAAUGAGGACUUCCAAGCGUCUUCUAGAAGCACUGAUGGCUCUAAAAGCCCAAGAACUCCACUCCUCAAGGCGCCCAUAGCAUCUACCGAAGAAUUGUGA